GAGCAAAACAGGUGUCUGUGGGUGACAAGAGCAGCUCCGUCAGCGGGACACGGGUCUGUACCUGCUAACAAACAGACGAUUUACUCGCAUUCACUGAAGUUAUGGGGACAAGGAAAGUUCUGGUGACAGGUUGCUCCUCUGGAAUUGGGUUGGCGGUGGCUGUCCGUCUGGCCAAAGAUGAAUUAAGGCGCUUCAAAGUUGUGGCCACCAUGAGGGAUCUGGACAGGAGAGAAGCCCUGGAGAGAGCAGCUGGAGAAACGCUUAACAGAUCUCUGGAGAUCCGGCAGCUCGACGCCACCUGUGAGGACUCCAUCAGAGACUGUGUGAACAGCCUGCCAGAUCGACAGGUGGAUGUGUUAGUGAAUAAUGCCGGUGUGGGUAUGAUUGGUCCUUUGGAGUGUCAGAGUAUGAGCUCAAUGCAGGAUCUCUUCAACACUAAUUUCUUUGGUCUGGUGAGACUGGUCAAAGAGCUGCUGCCCCAAAUGAAGAAGCAUCAGAGUGGACACAUCGUAGUGAUGAGCAGCGUUCUGGGCAUCCAGGGGCUACUCUUCAAUGAUGUGUAUGCUGCUUCCAAAUUUGCCGUAGAAGGAUUUUGUGAGAGUCUUGCUGUGCAAGCUAUGAAAUUUAAUGUCAAGAUGACUUUAGUGGAGCCAGGCCCCGUUGUAACUGAGUUUGAGAGGAAAGUAUAUGAGGAGGCAGAGACGAUGGAUCUGUCUGAGACCGAUGAGGAGACAGCUCGAAUCUUCCGGCAGAUCUACCUGCCAUAUUCACGCAGAGUUUUUCAUUCAGUUGGACAGACGCCUGAGGAGGUUGCAGAGCAAACUAUCCGGCUGAUUUUGUCUAAGAAUCCUCCAUUUCGUCAUCAGACCAAUCGUUUGUACAUGCCAGUGACUGCCAUGAAACACGCUGAUCCAACUGGACGACUGCCUAUAGAUGUGUUUUAUAAAAUGAUCUUCCAGCAUGACCGCAUCUUCAGUGCUAGUCUAAAUAUUAUGCGCAUACUUAACAGAAAAAUGAGUAAAAGUGCUGCCUAAAACACACUUAGAGUCUGAGCAAAGAGGUUUCACAUUCAUAAAUCUGUUUUAUUACACCUAUGGCAUUUCAGGGUCAGGUUUGCCCCCAGAGAAGGUGUCAUUUGUGAUAUUUAGCCAAUGCAAAUAAUUUACUUACUCCCGGGGCCAGUCUGGAGGACCAGGACAUAUACAUAUACACUACGGACAAUUUAGCUUACCCAAUUCACCUAGAGCACAUGUCUUUGGACUGUGGGAAACCAGAGCACCCGGAGGAAACCCAGGCAAACACGGGGAGAACAUGCAAACUCUACACGGAAAUGCCAACAGACCCAGCCAGGGCUCAAACCAGCUAUUCUUGCUGUGAGGCAACAGCACUACCCACCGCGCCCCCGUGUUGCCCCAAUGCAAAUAACUACAAAUCAAAAAAUCUACAUUUUUAUGUACAAACAGUUUCCAAAUAUCCACCUUAUGUACUUUUGCAAAGUGUGUUUUAAAGGUUUUUUAUAAUGUAUUCCAUCAGUCUUUUUCCCUCGGCUUAGUUCCUGAUUGAUAUGGGGUAUAAAUAAGGCUUGAUCCCCCAUGAAGGACAUCAAAACAAGAUGUAUGGGUGUCUGCCCUUUAAAUAGUUAUGAAAAAUGUAUUUAUUUACUUUUUUUUGGAACUUAAAGUGGCUUUAUGAAUAAGAUUUUUCUCUCUCUUAUUAGACGCAUUCUAUAUGGCCAGUGAGUAGAUUGAUUGUUACAAAACUUUUAAAAAAAGAGACAUUGCCUGACUGACUACAUGGGGAAAGACAAAUUUGUCAUGUAAAAUAAAAGGUUUAUA